AUGGCUAUUUUGAAAAGCGAGUAUCUAGCCUGCAUGUCUCUUGGGAAGCAUUUGGAUUUGGAGACAAGAGAUAGGCAGUUAAGCCAGCACUAUUUGGACGCAACUAUAGCCCAAGCCAAAUUAUUCUUCAAUCAUUAUAGCCUCAAAUUAAUUUUAUUCCCCAACUUUUUACUAACAGGAUUCGAAGCAAAUGCUAACAGUGAAAUGGAGCACUUAUUUGCUGAGACAGACGCGAACAAGGAUGGAAAACUGAGCAAAAAAGAGAUCCUGGAACAACAUGAUCUUUGGGUUGGCUCUCACGCAACAGAUUAUGGUAGACACUUGGACACCAUCAAAACAGAACUCUAA